AUGGCGGACUUACCUAUCAAAUUCCAAGAGCACCUGGUGCUUUCGUCGGUUGAGGUUCCUGAGAAUGCCAUCACAUUUGCCACCUGUACAUUGGAAAGCGACAAAUAUGUUUGUGAAGACAUUGUCUAUUGGAAAUGGGUCUCGGAGAGUACUUUAGGUUUGAUUUCUGAGACCUCUAUUUACCAUUGGGAUAUCACUGAUGCUUCUCAAGAUGCACCUGUAAAGAUCACUGACCGCCACGCAUCUUUAGCUGGAGCACAAAUUAUUGGAUACACUGUCAACAAGGCAGGUAAUUGGUCGGCCCUAACUGGUAUCCGCCAGAAGGAUCAGAAAAUCGUUGGCAACAUUCAGCUUUAUUCCAAAGAUAGAAAUGUGUCUCAAGGAAUCGAGGGUCAUUCAGCUGCAUUUGGUACGCUGAGGUUAGAUGGCGCUACUGUGGACACUCAGGUUUUCACUUUUGCUAAUAGAAGUGCGACUGGUGCUGCUAAGUUGCAUGUCGUUGAAAUCGAUCAUCAAGAAGGUGCUCCUAUCUACCAAAAGAAGGCUGUUGACUUGUUCUUCCCUCCUGAGGCGAGCAAUGACUUCCCAGUUUCAGUCCAAGUUUCUGUUAAAUAUGGAAUCAUUUAUAUCAUCACCAAGUACGGUUUUAUCCACUUGUAUGAUUUGGAAACUGCUGUAUGUAUUUACAUGAACCGCAUUUCCUCUGAAACUAUUUUCACUGCAUCGACUUAUGGACCCGAGCAGUCGGGCGUUUUGGUGAUUAACAAAAAAGGACAAGUGUUGUCAGUUUCUGUUAAUGAAAAUACCAUUGUCGAAUACAUUUUGAAUAAUUUGAGCAACACUGCAUUGGCUCUAGGAUUGGCUUCCAGAGGUGGGUUGCCAGGCGCGGAUUCUUUGUAUAGCCAACAGUUUAACCAAUUGUUAAAUGCUGGAAAUUAUUUGGAGGCUGCCAAGGUCGCAGCUACUUCUCCCAGAGGUUUAUUGCGUACUCAGGAAACUAUUCAACGUUUAAAGAAUAUCCAGGCAGCCCCUGGCCAAAUUUCACCUAUUUUGCAAUAUUUCUCUACUUUGUUAGACAAGGGUUCUCUAAACAAGUUUGAAUCUAUUGAAUUAGCGUUACCGGUUCUACAACAAGAUAGGAAGCCUCUAUUUGAGAAAUGGUUGAAAGAAAAUAAACUGGAAUCUUCUGAGCAACUUGGUGAUAUUGUUAGAAACUUCGAUCUUUCAUUAGCGCUAAGCGUUUACUUGCGUGCGAAUGUUCCUUUGAAAGUUGUCGCUGCUUUUGCAGAAUUGGGAGAGUUUGACAAGAUUUUGCCCUACUGUCAAAAAGUCAAUUAUACGCCAGACUAUGCUGUUUUGCUGCAGAACAUUGUUCGUGUCAACCCCGAUAAGGCUACUGAAUUUGCAACUCAAUUGGUCAACACCGGUACCUCGGGUUUGAAUCUUGAUAGAAUUGUCGAUGUUUUCCUUUCUCAAAACUUGAUUCAACAAGCCACUGCUUUCUUGCUGGACGCGUUAAAAGACAAUUCGCCCGACCAAGGUCACUUGCAAACCCGAUUGCUUGAGGUGAAUUUGAUCAAUGCUCCUCAAGUUGCUGAUGCUAUUCUUGGUAAUGAAAUGUUCAGUCACUAUGAUCGUGCUAGGAUUGCUCAAUUAUGUGAGAAGGCUGGUCUUUACCAACGUGCUUUAGAACACUAUGAUGACUUAAAGGAUAUCAAGAGAGUCGUCGUUCAUACAAAUGUUUUGAACCCUGACUGGCUCGUUGGCUACUUUGGCAAAUUGACUGUUGAACAGACUUUGGAAUCUCUCCGUGAAAUGCUUACUGUCAACAUACGACAAAACCUUCAAGUGGUUAUUCAGGUUGCUACAAAGUAUUCCGACUUGGUGGGUCCCGUUAAUUUGAUUAAGCUCUUCGAGGAGUUCAAGACUCCUGAGGGCCUGUAUUAUUAUUUACAAAGUAUUGUAAACCUUUCCCAGGACAGCGACGUUGUUUUGAAGUAUGUCCAAUCUGCUGCUGCUAUCGGCCAAUUCAGCGAAAUUGAACGAAUUGCUAGAGAUAACAACUACUACAAUCCUGAGAAACUCAAGAAUUUCCUGAAAGAUGCCAAACUGGCUGAUCAAUUGCCUUUGAUUAUUGUCUGUAACAGAUUUGACUUCGUUCAUGAUUUAGUCUUAUAUCUGUACCAACAACAGCAAUUCAAGUUCAUCGAAGUUUAUGUCCAAAGGGUGAACCCUGCUAAGACUCCUGAAGUUGUUGGCGGUUUGCUGGAUGUGGAUUGUGAUGAGUCCAUUAUCAAGGACUUGCUUCAGACGGUGGUGGGACAAGUCCCCAUUGAACCUCUAGUUGCUGAAGUCGAAAAGCGUAAUCGUUUGAAAUUGUUACUGCCUUUCCUCGAAGCUGUUCUUAACGGAGGUUCUAAAGAGCCUGCCUUGUUUGAUGCUCUGGCGAAGAUUUACAUUGACAGCAACAAUAACCCUGAGAAAUUUUUGAAGGAAAAUGAGUUUUACAAUACCUUGGUUGUUGGUAAAUAUUGUGAGAGUAGAGAUCCUUACCUUGCCUAUACUGCCUAUGAAAAAGGUAAAAACGAUAUGGAACUUAUCCGCAUCACCAAUGAAAACUCUAUGUAUAAACACCAGGCUAGAUACCUUGUGGCAAGAGCUGACCCUGAUCUUUGGACGUACGUAUUGUCCGAUGAGAAUAUUCACCGUAGAUCUUUGAUUGACCAAGUUGUCGGUACAGCGGUGCCUGAAAGCACCAACCCUGAAGACGUAUCUAUCGCUGUUAAAUCUUUUAUGUCAGCUGACUUACCUGGUGAGCUUAUUGAGUUGUUGGACAAGAUUAUCCUUGAGCCGUCACCAUUUAAUGAUAACCAAAACCUUCAAAACUUACUGAUUUUGACUGCCAUCAAGGCUGAUAAGUCUCGUGUCAGUGAUUAUAUCGAACGUCUCGACAACUACGAUGCUGAAGAUAUUGCCCAAAUCUGUAUCGAAAAUGGUCUGUUUGAAGAGGCCUUCCAAGUACACAAGAAGCAUAACAAUCAUAGCAGUGCGCUUGAAGUCCUCGUUGAUCAUGUCUUAUCACUUGAUCGCGCUGAAGACUAUGCUGAAAAGGUUGAUGAGCCUUCGGUCUGGAGCCAAUUAGGUAAGGCUCAAUUGAAUGGACUUAGAAUUAACGAUGCCCUCGAAUCUUAUAAGCGAGCCAAGGAUCCAAGCAACUUUGCGGAGACUAUUGAGAUCGCUACCAGAGCUGGCAAGGAUGAGGAGCUAAUUAGCUACUUGGAAAUGGCCCGUCAAACUCUCCGUGAACCUUUAGUUGAUGGUCAGCUGCUGAUCAGCUACGCUAAUGCUGAGCGACUUGAUGAUUUGAAAAACCUCUUGUCAUCUCCAAAUGUUGCUGAACUUGAAUCUGUUGGAGAUAGGUUAUAUAAUCAGAAGCAGUACGAGGCUGCUAAGAUUGUGUUUACCUCAAUCUCUAACUGGGCUAAGCUUGCCAGUACAUUGGUAUUUCUCAAUGACUACCAAAGCGCAGUCGACUGUGCUCGUAAGGCAAGCAAUAUCAAGGUCUGGAAACAGGUUAAUGAAGCGUGUAUUGAGCAUAAGGAGUUUAGACUGGCUCAAAUUUGUGGUCUUAAUUUGAUUGUUCAUGCUGAGGAGCUCAAGGAUCUUGUUGAGCGAUAUGAGUACAUCGGUUGUUUUGACGAACUUAUCUCAUUGUUUGAACAAGGUUUAGGUCUUGAAAGAGCUCAUAUGGGAAUGUUCACUGAAUUGGCCAUUCUUUAUUCCAAAUAUCACCCUGAACAGCUGAUGGAACAUUUGAAAUUGUUCUGGUCACGUAUCAACAUCCCUAAGGUCAUCAGAGCUUGUGAACAAGCUCAUCUUUGGCCCGAGCUGGUAUUCUUGUACUGCCAUUAUGAUGAGUGGGACAACGCUUCCUUGGCUAUGAUUGAGCGUGCUGCUGAUGCUUUUGAUCACAAUUCCUUCAAGGAGAUUGUUGUCAAGGUCACUAACUUGGAAAUUUAUUACAAGGCUAUUAAUUUCUAUAUGGCUGAACAACCACAUCUCAUCACUGAUUUGUUGUCUGCGUUGACUGCCCGUAUUGAUAUUUCUCGAGUGGUGAGAAUGUUUCAAAAGAGCGAUAACUUGCCAAUGAUCAAGCCCUUCCUUGUAAACGUACAAUCACAAAACCUCCUCGCAGUUAACAAUGCUUACCACGAUUUGCUGAUUGAGGAAGAGGAUUACAAAUCUCUACGGGAUUCUGUUGAUAAUUUCGACCGCUAUGACCCACUUGAUCUUGCUGAAAGACUCGAAAAGCAUGACUUGAUUUUUUUCAGACAAAUUGCUGCUCAUUUGUAUAAGAAAAACAAGAAGUGGAACAAGAGCAUUGCACUUUCGAAGGAAGACAAGCUGUGGAAGGAUGUCAUUACUACUGCGGCGACGUCAGAAAAGACUGAGGUUGCUGAAGACGUUCUCCGUUACUUUGUUGACAUUGGAAACAAAGAGUGUUACGUUGCUACCCUGUACACAUGUUACCACUUGAUCAGACGUGACGUUGUCAGCGAGCUUUCUUGGAGACAUGGUCUUAAGGACUAUACUAUGCCAUACACUAUCAAUAUAGAAAGGGAACAAGGCGAUCUUCUGGCCCAGUUGGUUAAAGACAAUGAGGAGCGUAAGGAGAAGGAAAAGGCUCGUGCUACUCAAGAAGAGCAAACGCCCAUUCUUGGAGGUGCAAAUAGGCUCAUGAUUACUCAGGGAACAGGUUACUCCAAUGGUAUUGGAGCUGCUUUCUAA